AUGAGUGGUCUCUUUGCGGUCAAUAAGCCCACCGGCAUCUCCUCUGCCGGUUUGCUCCACGACAUCCAACAUGUCCUCUCACGCUCCCCGCUCUUCGCCGCUGACCUGGACGCUCAAGCUCAACGCUCCGCUGCAGGCAACAAGGGACGCAAACGUCCUCGUUUCAGCCACAAGAUCAAGAUGGGACAUGGUGGAACCCUUGAUCCCCUUGCAAGUGGUGUCUUGAUUGUCGGUGUUGGCAAGGGCACCAAACAACUUGGCAGCUUCCUUGGCUGUUCAAAAGAAUACGAAGCCAUUGCUUUAUUUGGUAUUGCAACCGAUACGUAUGAUAGUGAAGGGAAAAUUGUCUCUCGUUGCCCAUGUAAGCAUGUCACGAAAGCAUUGCUUGAACGAACCAUUGCUGCACAGUUUCGUGGGGACAUCAUGCAGACGCCACCUAUUUACUCGGCAUUGAAGAUGCAAGGGAAGCCGUUGUAUGAGUAUGCAAGGGAAGGUAAACCAUUACCUGCGGAAAUCAAAGCACGACCUGCAACGGUCUCUCGAUUUGAUGUCACCCACGUCACAACGGAACAUGAAUGGGUGGAACCCAAGGAGGAGGCAGCGGAAGAAAUUCGACUUGCUGCACAGGCUCUCAAGACGCUCAAGCCAGACCCGGAGACUGAGCUAAAGCACGUUACAGAGACAGAAAAGACUACAGAGUCUGCUAAAUCUGACGAGAAGCUCGUGGCUGUUCAUCUCAGCAUGACAGUCUCGUCCGGCACCUACGUUCGUUCGCUCAUUCACGAUCUGGGCAUUGCUGUGGGUAGUGCAGCACACAUGGUUUCGCUUGUUCGAUCGCGCGUCGGUGACUAUACCCUUGCCGAUGCACUCCCACCGAGCGCCUUUCAGGAUGGAUCCUGGGAAACAAGACUCUCAAAGACACUACAGUUUGAGAAAUCAACAGACGUGAAGGAAGCGGAAGAAGCGGCACGUGGACCGCCUGCGAGUGAAAAGGCUAUUGAGGGUGAGGCACUUCCUGCAACAGGCUCGAAACGGUCCUUUGCUGAAUAA